UUGAGGAAAAUUAGUCGACAAUUUCUCGAAUUGAAUGAAAAAGUUCGAUUUCAAUCGAAAUGUGUUUUAACAUUAGUCGACAAUUAAUCGUUGAAUGAAACAGUUCGAUCUGAAAUCGAAAUGUUUUAACUUUAAUCGCAGAAAUUUUAAACAAUUUUAAAUUAAAUCUUAUGACAAUCGCUUUGUACUUUGUUGUUGAUCGGUGGGCUAUUUAGUGUAAAUUUAAAAUGGAACGGUUUGCAAUAUUAGUAACAAUGCUGGUUUGCUCGUGGCCUGCACUGAACGGUGAUGUUAACAUGACCGAAUAUUACAAAAUGCCACCAAUCUUCGAAUUGGAAGAUUACGACCUGUGCAUGGAAGAAUUCCCCAAUCAUAAAAACAUUUACUGCUACACCCGUACGCAGAUCAAACCAAACGAAAAAUCGGAAUUGUGGCUGUACAUGCAGUCAUUCUCAUCGAAUGUAAAGAGACAUUUUCGUCAUGAUCGUUUAAAUCGAGGUAUUUGUAUGAAUUGGUGCAUACCGAAGGUGAAGAGCUUCGCUAGAAGUACACAGAGAGAAUAUUAUGUCGAACGUUUUGAUAAUAACAGUGAGAUUACGUACGAUCCUAAUUCGAUACAGAACGCUUUGUCCUCGAAGGUAAAAUAUGACAAAGAGAUUAACAUUUGCGUUAACUACAAAUUGAAGAAGCAAUACGGUCUAAUGGCUUACUCUGAAGUCGAAUAUUGUCUGACCAAUGCGGAUUAUCGAUUGCCAGAUGCUCUUGACAUCGUCCUAGCAAUUGUAUUUUUCGCUUUAAUACUGAUCGUCGCAACAUCGACUUACUUCGAUUUUAGACUGAAAUUGCAGAAUUUCGGAUGCAAUCGAAAUUCGGAACAUUACAAAAAUCCAGUGCAUGGGCCAUAUGCAUCAGUAGUAGUCUCAUUUUCCAUUCCACGAAAUUGGUAUCGGCUCACGGCAAAAGUCCAUAGCCAAACAUCAGACGAUCUUCGGCCCGUACAAGCUCUUCGAUUUCUAACAAUGUUUGGUGUAGUGAUCGGACACUGUGUACUAUUUAUGAAUGUUAUGCCACUGUACAAUCCCGAAUACAUGGAAAAGAAUUUUUAUCGCGUCGUGACGAUGUUUUUAGUCAAUGGUACGACCAUCAUUCAGACCUUUUUCGUGAUCAGUGGCUAUUUGUUGUCCAUUCAAUUUGUUAAAUUGCAAGAAACGUCGUCGUUUAGUUUUAAGUAUUUUUGGACAUCAAUUUUGUACAGAUACUUAAGAUUGACACCGGUGUACCUCUUCAUCAUCUUAUUUCAUAGUACAUGGUUGGUGUGGCUACAAAACGGUCCGUUGUGGCCACACAUAACGGAAACGGAAAGAACUUAUUGCCGGAAUAAUUGGUGGGCAAACUUACUGUACAUCAACAAUAUUUUCACGUUAUCCGAACCGUGUCUUCAGCAUGGUUGGUAUUUGGCUGCUGAUUUUCAAAUGUUUGUGGUCGGUGUCGUAAUGCAGCUACUAUUUUGGAAAUAUCCUCGAUGCAAAAAAUUUGUUCUAAGUGCAGCCAUUCUGAUAUCAGCCGUCAUACCUGGCGUAAUAACGUAUGUGAACCGAUAUGAUGGAGCGUUUAUGAUACGUCCAGAAGCUGAUCGAUAUUCUCACUACUAUGACGACAUGUACCGCAAUGUGUACGUACCAUCUUACAUGAAUUUUGGUAGCUUUGUUUGUGGAAUGAUAGGAGGAAUGGUAUACAACAAGUUCAAAGACGACUAUAAAAAAUUUAGCCGGAAAACAACUCUUGUGAUUUUAUGGUAUUCCAUGAUACCAUUUGCUAUAUUGCUACUACUGUCUGCGUUCAUAUUUUAUGAAAAUAAUUUCGUAAAGCCGGCAAUUUGGAUUGCACUUUAUGCAGCCGUAAUACGUAACCUGUGGGGUUUUCUACUAGCAUCGUUCAUAACGGGAGUGGCGUUCGGAUUAGGAUGGAUUAUCAAGGACACAAUGUCUCAUCCAAUAUUCCGAUUUCUCGGCCGAUUAACAUUUUGUGCUUACUUAAUCCAUCCGGCAAUUAUUCGACUGUGCAUCGGUAAUAUAAGACAACCAACAUAUGCGAGUGAUAUGACGAUAGCCGUUCAGGUGUUUUCGGUGUUCGUAUUGUCUUAUGGAGCUGCUCUACUUCUCUGCUUGGGAAUAGAGCUUCCCUCAUCAGCUCUGCAAAGACAUUUUGCUGGAGGGCAGAAGAAUAAUGAUAACGGUGAGACGUCCACAUCGACAGAAGACUACCAGAUACAUCCGAAUAUUGAGUUGAAAUAAAUUUAUCAAAACAUGGCAAUGGAAAAUAGUUAUAUCUCUCUAGAGCAAUAAAAAUAGAUUAGGACUUAG